UACAACUCCACUCCGCCCAAUUACGACGAGACACCCGGGCCGUGAGAUGAUAGUAAAAAAAACAGGUACCUAAUAGGCAAGGCAUACCUACCGAGCAACCGGCGCCAUGAGCAUCAAAUCGGAUACUGUACCGGGCACCCCGCCCUCCGCUCCGCCCGGCCCAGCAGCAACACCCGCACCAGCAGCAACAUCUCCUACACCAACCAAGCGAACAUGGUACCACACAACCCUCUCCAACGCCUUCGUAAUCGGCGCCGUCGGCUUCCUCGCCCCGGGGCUCUGGAACGCCAUGAGCAACCUCGGCGCGGGCGGCGCUCAGGAACCGUACCUCGUCAACGCCGCCAACGCCCUCGUCUUCGGGAUAAUGGGCCUUCUGUGCCUCUUCGGCGCGCCCCUCGCAAACCGCAUCGGGCUCUCGCGCACCCUCUUCCUCGGCGCCGUCGGCUACCCCGUCUACUCCGCCGGCCUGUACGCGAACAACCGGUUCGGCAACACGUGGCUCGUGCUCGUCGGCGCCGUCGCGUGCGGGUUCAGCGCCGGGCUUUUCUGGGCGAGCGAGGGCGCCGUCGCCCUGGGGUACCCGGAGCCGGGGAAGCGGGGGCGGUACCUGAACAUCUGGCUGUGGUUCCGCACGGGCGGGCCCCUGGUCGGCGGCGCGAUCGUGCUCGCGCUGAACCACGACGCCGGCGCCAAGGCAAAAGGAAAAGUGGGCUACGAGACGUACCUGAUCUUCAUCGCGCUGCAGUGCGUGGCGGCGCCCCUGGCGCUCGCGCUGUCGCCGCCGGAGAAGGUGCAGCGGGCCGACGGGUCCAAGGUCGUGAUCCGGGGCGAGGGGUCGAUGAGGGCGGAGGUGAGGGCGCUGUGGGUUGCGUGCAAGCGGAAGGACAUCGUGCUGCUGCUGCCGAUCUUCUGGGCGGCGUACUUCAACCAGUACAGCGGCAACUUCCAGUCGUACUACUUCGGCGUGCGGGCGCGCGCGCUGACGGGGUUCAUCGUGAACCUGAGCUCGCUGCUGUCGUCGCAGCUCGUGAGCGCGCUGCUCGACUACAAGGAGCUGAGGGUCAAGCAGCGCAUUGUGUACGGGUACUGGUGGGUUUUUCUGCUGCACGUGGUCGCCUGGACGUAUGGCUGGGUUAUCCAGGAGAAGUACACGCGCAACCCGCCGGCGUAUGAUUGGGAGGAUAAGGGGUUUGUGGAGGGGUUCUUCGUGCUGCUGCUUUGGGAUUUUGCUCGGCAGGCAUUGCAGAAUUGGCUUUACUACCUCGUCGCCAGCAAGACGGAUAACAUCUCUGAAUUGACACGGUUCUCGGGGAUUCUCAGGGGCCAAGAGAGCUUUGCCCAAGCCGUUAGUUUUGGACUGAACACCCAGAAAUGGGUUGGUGGGCGUGUUCCUCUAGCCGUGAAUACUAUCUUACUAGGACUCGCGGCAUUCCCUACCUGGCUCGUCAUUCGCGACUUUACGCCUGUCGAGGAUAGUAAGGCUGACCAGAUAGAAGAUGUACUUGUCGAACCUCAAUCUUUGAGUGCUGAGGAAAAGGGGACGUUUGUUGUUGGGAGAAUAAGCGUCGGGAGAGAUGCGGCAUUGUGAAGAACUUACCUCGGUAUUCAUACUACCUACUAGUAGUAUAAGCUACCUAGGUUAGGUAGGUUGAAAUCGAAAUACACUAGUAUAGAACUAUCAUAUUUGAUUU